AUGGCCAAACCUAGAGUCCUCCACAUCGGCGACCCCAUAAAAUACAACCACGAUGUAUACGCGCGCUUCGCCUCACAGUUCGAGAUCAUCCGGCCGUCCACCGCCGAGCGCCAGCGCGAUGAAUUCAUCAAAGCCCUAAAGGAGAACCGCUGGGGCGAGUUCCACGCCGUCUUCCGACCAUUCUGGAACACUGGUGGCGAGAUGGGACGCUGGGAUCGAGAGCUCAUCCCUCUCCUGCCCAAGUCCGUCAAGGUUAUGGCUUCUGCUGGUGCUGGGUAUGAUUGGGCUGAUGUGGAUGUUUUUGCUGAGCAUGGAAUAACAUAUUGCAACGGCGCCGCCGCCUCCUCCGAGUCCGUGGCCGACAUGACCCUCUUCCUCGUCCUCUCCGUCUUCCGCAACCUCGCCUGGUCACACGCCGCCGCAAUCUCCCAAAACCCACGCGCAUUCCUCGACGCACACCAGAACUCACCCCUCACAGCCCGGAACCCACGCGGCCACAGCCUGGGAAUCGUCGGCCUCGGCCAGAUCGGAUACACAAUCGCCCAGAAAGUGCACACCGCGCUGGGCAUGAAGAUCCUAUACCACGACCUGUUCCGCAAGAGCGCCGAGAUCGAGAAGGGCAUCGACGCUACAUUCUACCCGGAUCUAGAUACCAUGCUCGGACACGCAGACUGCGUUGUUGUCGCGACGCCCUUUGCGGGCGAGACGCUUAUGACGGGGUCGCGGUUCGCCAAGUUCAAGCGCGGCGGGCGCUUUGUGAAUAUCGCGCGCGGGUCGUUGGUCGAUGAGGAGGCGCUGGUGGCGGCGCUGGAUAGUGGCAUUCUGGCGGGUGCUGGGCUUGAUGUCCAUGCGAGCGAGCCGAAUGUGCACCCGCGGUUGGCGGCGCAUCCGAGGGUGAUGAUGAUGAGCCAUAAUGCUGGAGGCACGGUGGAUACGCAUAUUGGGUUUGAGAGGUUGGCAAUGGAGAAUAUUGAGGGGCUUUUGGUGAGGGGGAAGGCUUUGACGCCUGUUAAUGCGCACUUGAUUAAGAGUAAGAGUGUGUUGUAG